AGUUAACCAUUUGUCAUAUGACAUAUAAGUUUAAAUAAGAUUAUAACCGCCAAUCUGUAUGUUUAAAUGUUAUUUUCAUUCAGUGUUUAAUAUUUUGAUGUGUUGUACUUUAAACAUAUUUCUAAAUUAUAAGAAAUUCGUAAAAUAUAUAUUUUGUAAUUAAUCACAAUUAUACAAAAUGUCUCAAAUGUUAACCUCACAAAAUCAAACUUUUCAAAGAUCCCUAGAUCUUAAAUAUCAAAUAAGAGAAUUUAAAUCAACUUUAAAAGAAAUCGGAAUAAUACUUUGCUUUGAAGAUGAACCACAUAUUCUUACACAAGAGCAAUCAUUGGUUGUAAGGGAUUUGGAAAAAUGUUUAGAGAAUUCUGAUAAAGCUUUACAAAGUUUUAUAACAGGUUUAAAGCUGAUGUGUAAGAAAGAAAAAUAUUUUAAAAAGGCAUUAGCAUUAACUAACCUCAAAAAAGGGGAAGGUGAUGGUGUAAUGGAAAAUUCAAUUAGGAGAAUAGAACAGGAUAGUUUAUUUAGAAUUUUUUUGAAAGUGGAGUGCCUUCAAUCAGAAGUAACAGAUAUUCUUUUAGAUGAAAUAACAAUUUCCGCAGAUUCAUCUGAAGAUACAUCAUGGCUACGCGCCUUAUUGAACCCUUUUCGAUAUUUACCUUACAUAAAAGAACCAGAAAAGUUAACAACAAAAUUAAUAGAUAUUCUGGAUGUGGCAACUUAUCCUGCACAGUUGGAAAUUUUAGAUACAAUCCCGGAAAUCAUUCCAGAUAGUCAGUUUAGCGAAACUACUAAGCAGUUAUGUAAAUUACUAGAUGACAAGACUGAAAUAACAGGAGCUGUAAUUGAUUGUUUGAAUGCUUUAGAUCUAGAUCCCACAACAAGAAGUGAAGUUCAAGGUCAGAUAUUAGACAGAAUGAAUAGUGGUACUUCAUUAAAAGAUUUCCCAAUUUUAUUAUCAUUCUUGAUGUCAGAUUCCAAAUCUCAAAACUCUGUGCCAGUUCUAUUAAAAAUACGUAAUGCUCUAAAUUCGUUAAUGUUAACUCUAGAGGAUAGUAAGGAAAAAGAAUCUGCAAAGAUAUUAAUUUUCAACAAACUACAAUAUUUUACACUUUCAUCAAAUGCAGGAUGGUUGAAUAUGAUUUCAAGUAUAAAUUCAUCAUCCGAUCAUAAACCAGUAGAUUAUCUGAUAAUGUUUAUGUUGUAUCAUGUGACGCCGUCUAAGAAGAGAAUAAUUGAAGCUAUUAUUAAAAAGCGUAUCCAUUCUGGUUUGUUCAAAAUCAAUAAUCUGGAAAAAAUGUUUGACAAAUAUCUUCCACAACAACUUCUAAAUGACUACUUUACUUCUAUAGUGAAAAUUGGUUGUAGUUUAGUCAGAUUUUCAAGUGAUCCAAUAAUCGAAGAAUUUUGCUCAACACUAUUUCAUCUAUUAUUUAACCACAUUUACACAGAAUCAAUAUUCAGACGAGAAAUAUUGAAUAGUUUAAUAGUCUUAACUGGCGCUAGUGAUAAAGUUACAGUGACGACUGUUUUGAAAAUUAUAUCAUCAUUUACAUCAGCCAAAGAAAAAUUACAACAACAUAUAAUAAUAUUAUUGAGGUUAUUAGAUAAAUUGGAUGCAUUCGAACCAAACGAUGUUAAAAUGGUAUUUGAAAUAUUGUGCAGUUUGUCUUGUGGUCCAAAUGCUAAUGAAUCAAUGUCAGGAGUGCAGAAUGAGAUUCAUAUUAUAGUAAGGAAGCAAAUGGGUAGUACAAAGAAAUCAAUUAAAUACAGGGGAAUUAUAUCAGCUGUAGUUAUGGCACGUAAUAUAGCUAGGACAGAUGAAAAUGAUUCAUAUGAACUACCUCAAACUCCAAUUAAAAAUUUGUCAGAUCUGCCAAAAGGUCCAGCAAGGGAAGCAGGAUCAAUACUAGAACUUGCUAAUAUUUGCUGUACAGGUUAUCCCGAUUUAUUAGGCCUUUAUUAUGAUCAACUAGCAUCAAUGCUUAUAUUGAACCAUCAUUUGGAUAAAUUCUUUUUGGCAUGGUUGUAUGAAACAAUUACAACAGAUUUCCGGAAAAUAUACGUGUCAGAAACGAUACCACCACCCAUCGAUGAUUUGGAAAUGAGUUUUCAAUAUAUGCUCAAUAGUUCUUGUGAAAUGGACACGACCAUGGGAAUCAAUAUAAGUGGAUUAACUUUAACAAAAAACCCUGCGAUUUUGAUAAUGGCACCACAUUUCCGUUUAUUGAGAUUGCUUCACUAUCGUCAACAGGACGGUAAACUUUCGACAAUAGAUGCUCUUUUAGGAUGUUCCGUAAUUUUACCCACAUUCAAUGAUGUAGACGAUCUAGGAUUCGAUCAAGUAAAGAAUGUGGCUGAUUGUUUAUUCCACUGCACGAAUUGGUUUAGAGAACUCAUUAGCGGAUUUGUUACACAAAAGAAUAAGAAAUUGCGGUUUCGGGUUGUUAAAAGAUUAGAGAAUUUACUUCAAGUGGAAAAUAAUCUACGUAAGUGCAUAGGACGAGAUCCUGAACAUAAAUUUCCAGCCAGUUAUUUUGAUUAUCGUUUGGAAGGUAACAAAACAACAAUAAGUAAUAACAGUGAAACUAAAGGAAAAAAUCCAAAGAAGAAAUCUAAAAUGUCUGCUACAGCAGUAGACAUGGACGAUUCUGUUAAUUCUACUGUAGCUUUACAAAAAAAUAAAAGGAAAAUUUCUUCAACAAAAUCUUACAAUGGAACAGAAUACAAAGUGAAUUUCAGAUAUUUGGAUACAGAUACUGUGUUAUUACUUAAGUAUCCUUUAAAAAUACCCAUUGAUGACGAUUCGACACCAUUGACCCAAACAGUGACAUUGGACAUAGAACAAUUGAAGUUUCUACUGAAGGAUUUAGUUUCCAAAUUAGCGAUAACCACCCAAAGGAAAAACGCAGAUUUUUCACACUUAAAUGAAGUCAUACCACUACACAUUAUAACAGAUGUGGGUCACAUAUUGCCGAAUUUAGAUUCACAUCUCAAGGUUAUGGUUGAGAAACUACAAAAAUUAUUAGAAGAAUCGGAUGGAAGAUUAGAUCGGGCAGAAAUGUUUUCUCCAUCAGCUUUGGAUUACAAAACAUGUUUUGGAUUAAUUAUGGAAUGUUUCUUAUUGAUAUUCAGCUGGACUGGUUUCCAGCACUCAAGUAAUCUCGAGGUAUUGAAAAAUAUGUUAAAAAGUAUCCGUUCCACAGAACAAACUCAGUCUCUACAUUCUGCUCAACGCUUAACCAUAGAAUUUAUAAAUAGACUUGCAGGUUUACAUGAACAAUGUUUUGAACUGCCACAUGCUGUCAAUUUGAUAAAAAUCAUGCAAGCACUUUAUUCAGUUACAACACCCACACAUGAGAUAGAGAAGAAAAUAUCUGCAGUUGCCGAAAAACUACUUUCUAAACGUUGGUACAAUUCCAAAGGAAUAUUAGAGAGUGGUAGAAAUUCUAAUUUGAAUAUAGACAUUUUGGUUAAAGCUUAUCUUAGCAGUGCCAAUGUUGAAACCAUCGCUGCAUUAGUUGGUACUUUACAAGAUGAAGUUGGAAAUUUGAAUAGCAAAGAAGACAGUUUAGAGAUGUUAUGCGCUAUUAACAAGCAGAACUUUCAUGUAUUUUACAAUGGUUUAUGUAAUGCAUUAUUGAACAGGAUAAAAGCAGAAGCGGAAGCUUUAACUAAUAAUCAACACAUCAUUCUUUGGACUAAUGCUACAGUUACUAUGCAAGGAUUGAUGACUGUAGCAAAAAUUCAAGACACCAAAAUUAAUUUAGCUUGUUUUUUGAAAAAAUCAAUUGGAAUAUUGAAAUUCUUCUUAUCUCAUGGUAUACCUAUGAUGGAAUUAAUGUUGAGAUCCAAGCCAGAUGACGUAGUGGCCAUUUUUAAGACAAUGCAAACUUGUACAAGAUUUUUACAUCACUUGUGCUGUUAUACAAAAUUUACUAAAGAUUCUAGUUUGGUGGCAUACGUUCCGCAAUUUAGGUUAAUAUUAGAAUCGUUAGUUUAUAGAGUUAAAGCAGCUUUGGUUGCCAACAAUUGUUCCACUGCAUUUUGGAUGGGUAAUUUGAGAAAUAGAGAUUUACAAGGAGAGGAGAUUCUUUCCCAAAGUACAGUUAUCACAGAAGAUAAUAUCAGAGAAAGUGAUGAAGAACUGCCAUCAGAUGAUAGUGACACCAUGAGUAUUUUGGAACAUGACGAUGAUGCAUCAGUUAGUAGUGAAGUAUUCGAUUAAGAUAUAUUGUCAAACAUUAGAGAAUCUCUAAAUAUGUAAAUAUUGUAUUUUCCAAUACUGAAAACUUACCUUUUCAGCUUGAUUAUAAUUUGUGAUGAUUCCUUCUUUAAUAAAGAGACCAUAGUCUUUGUAAAAUUUUUCAAACUCUA